UGUCCCCUUAAAACAGUACUUGCACUACUCUGGCGAGACAGUCAGCAGGCAGGGAGGGUCUCAUCUUGCGUACCAGAUGGCGCUGGCAGACAGCUGCCCCGGACACAGAACUGACGUGACGUUCUCUUGCCUCCCCCCCCCAGCCCUCUUUGUCAGCAACGUCCUGGUGGAGGCGGAAGCCGUGGCCCUCCCUCUGGCCCUGGACACCGCCGGCUCUCUGCUCCUCCAGGCCCUCCUCCCUUCCGCCUCUGCGCCCAGCCUGAGCCGCCUGCUGCGAGCCUUCCUUCCCGCUCUGCGCCUGGCCGCCUGCCACCCCUGCGGGGCUCACAUCCUGGAGGCCGCCCUGCUCAGAGCUCCGGUCCUGAUUUCGGAGGGAGCGGAGGAUGCUGAGGAGCUGGAAGACCAAGUCCUGGAGCUGGCAAGGGCCGUGCAGGAGGAGCUGCCCACCUUUGCCCUGGACACCCACGCCAGCUUCAUGGUGCGGACGCUGCUGCAGGUGCUCGGAGGGGUCCGGGUCAGGUCGGACGGGGGACGGGGACUCCCGGUGUCAGGGUCUUCUUUCUCCAGAGCCAAAAAGGCUAAACUGGAGAGCGAUGGGCCUUCGGAAUUUGAGGUCCCAGAAACCUUCCAGUCCCUCCUGGGCGAAUUCAAAGGGAGCUUUCAGGAGCACAUUCCAAGUUUCAUCACCAACAAGUAUUUCAGCCUCUGCCUCCAGUGGCGCUGGAGGUCUUGCACCGGAAGCUGCCAGCGGACUGCUCAGAGCUUGUGCCACUCAAUGAUUGGCUACUUGAGCUCCCGCAAUGUGUCUCCUGGGCAGAGGUAAGCGCUCCGAUUGGCC